AGCAACACUACUGCCUACACCUACACUACUGCUACACCAUGUCAGGCAGCGACGACGCAAAGGACGAGCUGGCACCGCCGCCAGCUAACAACCCCCAGGACCUAUGCUACCGCUCCAAGCUCAAGUGCGUCGGGCGCGAGAACCCGCCCUGCCAGCGCUGCGUGACGCAGGGCAUGGAGUGCACGUUUGACGGCCGGCGCAAGUCGAAAAUGACCAUGGUGGAGAAUCGCAUCUCAUCGCUCGAGGGCACGCUCGAGGACAUGCAGGCGCAGAUGAGCGCCGUGUCGAACCAGCUCGCAGAGCUCGCGGCCCUGCAGCGCGCCCAGCCGACAAAACCCGAGCCGUCGCCGAUCCCGCGCUCGCCACACACGCUCGCGCCGCCCGUCAACGCGCACUCGCUCUCGGCCAUCCUGUCGCCCGCGCCGCCGCGCAGCGGCUUUGACGACGACAGCAACAACCACUACCACUCUGCGUCUGUGCGCUCGUCCGGCAAGGCGCCGAUCCUCGGCCCGACGCUUGGCGGCCCGCCAUCUUACCUUCCCCCAGCGCACGGCAGCCCCCCUCGCCGAAGGGACGACGUCGACGACGACCCGCUCGACGAGGCGUCGCGCCACGGCCCGCUGCGCAAAACACUGACGCGGUACGAGCAGUCGCGCCGUCCGCCGGCGGCCUCGUCGUCGUCCAACCCCAUCUCGCCGGCGGCUGGCUCCGAGCGCCCCAGCAAGCGCUUCAGAGGCGACGACUACGCGGCUGCUACUCCCAGCGACAUCUAUGCCGGAUCCGUCCUCUCGGCGCCGGAGUACGCGGAUCCCGUGGACAGCGGCCUGAUCACGCCUGCGCGGGGCCGCGCACUGGUGGACACGUUCUUCAAACACUGCAAUGUGUCGAUUCCUAUCUUUGACCCGGCGGUGGACACUUGGGAGAGCCUCCGCCGGCGGUCGGCACUCUGCCUCACAUCCAUUUUGAUGGUAGGCGCCCGGUAUGACGACGGGCCCGAAGAUAGCACGCUGCAGCGGCGACUGCAGGAGCAUGCGGAAUGGCUUGCAAAGAACACGUUGUUUAGCCCUGCUCCCAACGACGUCGACAUUGAGACGAUCCAGGCAUUGGUCGUGCUCACCGCCUGGGGAGAGGUCCAGUGGCGGCCGGGAGGGCACACGUUCCGCCUCGCGAUGGAGUCGGGCCUGUAUCGCUGCCUGCCGCACCUGGUUGCGACGGGCAUGGGCAGCCGGUGCGUGUACACUGCCGACCUCGAGAAGGACCGGCCGUAUGUCGUCGGCGCGCGCGUGUGGCUCGCCAUCCUGAAGAGCGAGUACGAGAUGGCGUUCAACCACGGCAGACCGCUGUUGGUCGGCGACGACCCGAGCAUCGGGCUCGGCAGGCGGCUGCUCGACCACCCACUCGCGCUGCAGACCGACUCGCGCCUCGUCGCGCAGUGCGAGCUGAUCGCCGGCCGCCAGCGCCGCCACCUCAGCUUCCAGGACCCGCCGCAGACGACCGUGGCGCAGACGGUCGCCGAGUUGAAGAAGGAGAACGACUUUUUCGACUCGUGGUUCGCCGACUGGAACAGCUACUAUGACCACAUCGACAUCCCGAGCGGCCACUUCCUCCGCGACGUGCUCAUCACACUCAAGCACCACGCGAUCCUCAUCUCCAACGCGCGCCUGCUCAUCGGCGUGCACUCGCAGGCGGACGUCGAGGCGCUGUCGCCGGAACGCCGCGACGCGCUCUUCAAGGCCGUCGGCGCCGCCUCGGGGCUCGUGCACAUGGCCGUCGGGUCAAAGGGGUACAAGGAGCACUUUGCGAGCUCCAGCAGCCUGACGCAGGUCGGCAUGGUGUUCGCCUCGCGCCUGCUCAUCCGCUUCGCGACGCUCGCGCCCGAGGCGGUCGAUCUGCGGCGGACAAGCAAGGAGAUUGAGGAGAUUGCCGAGAUGCUGCGAAGGGGGCCUGGCGCACAGCUCGCAGAGCAGAUCCACCAGAUCCUCGAACGCGCGCGCGACAAGCGCGUCCUCCCGCCCCGCUCUGGCCCGGGCUCGCGCGACACCUCGCCCCGGCAGGGCCAAGCGGCGGCCGACGCCGACGGCCGCAUCGCAUUCAGCAUGCCCGAGCCUGCGGCACCGUACACGUUCGACCUGCUCAGCGACUUUGAGUUUGCGCAGGAGCUGUUCAGCGGCCCGGCGCUGACUGACAACGAGGCGAUCAACAUGUUCAACUGGAUCAGGAAUGACUGGCACGACCGACCGCAGGGAGGCGGGUCGGCGUGGUAGCGCGGCGUAGCGGAGCUGGGCAGCCAGUAGCCAGUAGCUAGUAGCCCGCCGCAUCUGUAUGAUUUACUUGCAUCUGCAUCCUCUUACUUUGGGGGAACAUGGUCGCCGUGUGUCCCGAUUUCUUCUUCUUCUUCUCGCGCGUGCUUGCUCUCUCUCUUGCCCAGUGUCCAUGGAUGUCGACUACUUGCCGUCCUUGUGGUCGAGGUGCGAGCCGGGCGUGUGCCCCUCCCCGUGGUGAUGGUGGUGGUUCUUGCCCGUACCGGGCGCGAUCUCGCCCUGCGUCUGCUGGCCCGCAGCGGCGUGGUGUCCGCCGUGGUGGUGGCCGUGGUGCUGGCCGCCGGCUUGCUGCUGCGCCGCGGCGGCCUGCGAGCGGGUCUGGCGGUCGGACGUGGGCUGGGGUGCGGACAUGGCGUUGCGUUUGGUGGGGGGAUGGGGCUGGGGG